GAUUCGGUGCUAAUCACAGUUUGUCGCUAGCUUGCUUUCGUUGAACAGCGCCGUACUUUGACUGUUGCAAACUUUUGAGAUAAAACCGGAGAAAUCUACAUAACUGAUAUCAAAAUGAAACUGUUCGUCGUUGCUGCAUUCGCCCUGUUCGCCGUGGUGGCCGCCCAGGAAAAGUACACCACCAAGUACGACGGCGUCGAUCUGGACGAGAUCCUCAAGUCAGACCGCCUGUUCAACAACUACUUCAAGUGUCUGAUGGAUCAGGGCCGUUGCACACCAGACGGUAAUGAGCUGAAGCGUAUCCUGCCCGAUGCCCUCAAGACGGACUGUGUCAAGUGCAGUGAGAAGCAGAAGAACGGCACCCAGAAGGUCAUCAAUUAUCUGAUCGAUAACCGCGCCAGUCAGUGGAAGAGCCUGCAGGCCAAGUACGACCCUGAAAACGUCUACGUCGAGAAGUACCGCGGCGAUGCCAAGAAGGCUGGCAUCAAGCUGUAAACGGGCUAGCAUCCCUUAGCCGCAGCUGGACUGAGACUGAGACGCACCAGAAAAGCCUCAAACAAACAAACUAAAAUCAAGUCCUACAAUCUAACUAAGAAUCUUCCCUCCGUACCCACAGUCGGUUUUGCAACUUGGAGCCCUGAGCC